AUGAUCUCUCAAAAUGGCUCCCCCGAAAAAGUCACUCUAACAGCAACAGAAACAACCCAAGACCCCAAAUCCGUUCCCCUUCCACCCCACGACACCGCUGUCCACCCAGCAAAGCCCGGCCUCCAACCCAAAGAAGACCCCCAACCAAACCCCUCGACCCCCCUCUACUUCGCCUACGGCUCGAACCUCUCCCCAACCCAAAUGCGCUCCCGCUGCGCCUUCCAUCCCAGCCUCUCCGCAAAGCCAGUUGCUUUCGCGAGACUUGAUUCCUGGAGGUGGUUUAUUUGUAACCGGGGCUACGCGAAUGUGCUCCCACCGGAAGAAUUGAGGAUUGUGCAUGGGGGUGAGCGCGAAGCGGUCGCUGAUGGGAGCGAUGUUCCGCAGUCUGGGGAGGAGGAUACGGUAUACGGGAUUCUUUAUGAGAUGGCGCGGGAUGAUGAGAGACUUCUUGAUGGGUAUGAGGGGGUCGAUCGGGAGAGUAAGCGGGCGUGGGAGGAUGGGAAAAUCCCUGUGAGUGUGCGGCCGAGGGAGCAGGGGGAUGGGGAGUACAAUAAGUGGUAUUUAGAGGCUAAGGUGACGGAGUGGUUGGAUGAGGAGCAGAAAAGGUUGAGGGGUGGGGAGAAGGGACAGGUUGUGCUGGUUUAUGUUGAUGAAAAGAGUUUAAGUGUUGGGUCUUCGAAGAAGGAGUAUGUUUUUCGGAUGGAUCGGGCGAUUCGCGAGGCGCAGGAGUUGGGAUUUCCGAAGAAGUGGGCGGACGAGGUUAUGAGGAAGUUCUUCUAG